AUGCUCUACUGUAUUGAAUUUUAUUUUUAAUAGAUACAUUUAUUAAAUGAUGAAAGUAGGGGAGCAACAUUUGAAGCAGUGAUUAGUCGUAUGAAAAUUUUGCAAAAUAGUCUCUCUCAGAAUCAAGAGUUUUCAAAUAAGUCAAGAGAUGAAAAUAUUCGUUUUCUAGCAGUUUCAGCUACAGUUCCCAAUGUUUAUGAUAUUACAUCUUGGCUUUCUCAAGGAAAUGGAGUUACAUAUAAAAUGAAUGAUGAUUUAAGGCCAGUAAAAUUAAAAAGAAUUGUUCUUGGAUAUCCCUUUCAUAAUGGAAUUUCAGAAUUUAAGUUUGACAUUUUACUUAGUUAUAGAUUAGGAAAUGUUAUUAAUACAUAUUCAGAAAGAAAACCUACUCUUGUUGUAAGUAAAAAUAUAAAUCAUUUAUAUAGUAGUUAUUUUUAUUCAAUGUGAUUGAAUGAUUUCUUGUACAUACAUAGACACUCUGUGAAAAAACUAUAGAUUUCCUCUCUACUCAAAAAUUAUAUGUGAACUAUAGAGAGGAAAUGU